AUGGCGAAUGCGAAAGAUAUGAGUGUCCAGUAUGUCCAAGAAGACAAUACACAAGAUAACGGAGCGCCCGAGGACUUCACUGGAACGGUUCGAUUUACCGACAAGGACAAAGUUUUCCUCAUCCCUACCCCUAGUGCGGACCCGAGAGGCACGUAUUCGUCCCAUGACUUCUACCCCUUGAACCUACCCAAAUGGAGAAAGGUGCUGUUUGUCAUCAUUGUAUCACUCUUCUCUUGCGCUGCUGGCUCCAUGGUAUCUGGAUUUGGCAGCCUGUUAGCCUUCUAUCGACCCAAAUAUAUUAAAGCAGGAGCUGAUGUGGCCACAAUUUCCGGGCUGGUUGCCUACCCAACAAUAUUCCAAGGCCUUGGGAAUCUUGUUUUCAUCCCUGUAGCAAAUGCGAUUGGUCGGCGACCUGUGUUCCUGCUGGUGUGCUUGAUAGCCAUCCUCGGAGGCGUUAUUGCAUCUCGGUCAACUACCCUUGAGGUGCACCUCGCCGGGCGCAUGGUGCUCGGGCUCGGAGCUGGCCUUGGCGAGGCCCUGCCACCAAUGAUGGUAUCUGAGAUACACUUCUUGCACGAGAGAUCAACAGCUCUCAUGUGGCAGUCUGGCAUCCAAGCUAUUGGGGCUGCGGUCUUUGUCCUCUGCGCUUCCCCUAUUGCUUAUGCUAUCCAGCCCGAGAACUGGUACAUGGUUCUGAUUGCCGUCCUCAGUCUUGUCUUUUUAUCCGCCGUCUUUUUUCUACCCGAGAGCAAAUAUCAUCGCCACUUAGCCACGGAGCACGAUGACACCAAUCCAGUCAACAACAUAUCGUCCAAACAGGCCCCCGCUUUGUUAACUCUUGAGGACCGACCCACCUUUGAUCUAAUCAACUACAAGCCACGUACCCUCCACUCAGACGUGAACCUAUUCGUUAACGCUCCGGAAUGGAAAGGCAUACCAGAGACCUUGAUCCGGAUGACGAAGGUCUUCUUCUUCCCUACCGUCCUCUGGGCCUUUGUACUCAACGGAACUGCACUUGGUGCCAUGAUUUCCAUUAGCGCCACGCAAGCUACUGUCCUUCUGGCUCCUCCAUACAGCUGGAGCUCAAGCUCCAUUAGCUAUGUGAAUGCUGGUCAGAUCGUUGUUGGAAUCAUAGCCAUUCCGCUGCUCGGAUACGGCUCCGACUUCAUGAUCAAGUGGAGGGCCAGACGAAAUGGCGGCAUUCAUGAGCCUGAAAGCCGUUUGAUUCCCCUGGUGAUUCCUUUAAGCAUGGGUAUCAUUGCUUUAUUGGUAUACGGCGCUGCCGCCCAGUAUUCGGGGAAAAUUCACUGGGGCGCAUUGAUCUUCGCGGUGCCAGCUGAUUUCUUCAGCUUCGUGGGAAUCAACAUUGCCACGAUCACAUACUUGCUCGAUUCCUUCCCCACCGCCGAGAACGGCCCAAUCCUGAUCUUGAUCACCGCAGUUAGAGGUUUUGUCGGGUUUGGCUUUAGCUAUAGCGUCACCCAAUUCGUGUCGACGGCUGGAUAUUUAGGCUGCUUCGGGACAUACGCAGGACUCAACCUGUUCUUGGGGGUUCUCGGCGUUAUUAUAUUCCUCACUGGAAAGAGUCUUCGAGACUUCCAAGCCCGAUUCCUAUAG